CAAAACAAGACAUAUGUCUUAUGUCUUCUUUGUCAAGCCAAAGAAUGGACGUUGGGCAAGCGUCUAAAUUCUCGUUGAUUCUCUGAAGUAGUACAAAAGAAGUUUGCAAUCAGAAGGCUAUUAUUGGAUGAUUUUAUAAUAGUCUGCUAUUUCCAGAGAAAAUUAUUCUAUACUUAAGGAUUCUAAAAAUAUGUAACUUAAAUUCUGAGUACGUCCAAGUGUGACUUCAUAGAGCGUCCUACAUCAAACUUACUGAAUUUUGACAGUUUUGGUGCUUAGAUUUCAUUUCAUUGAAAAUCAAGAUCUUUGCAAAGUUUCAUAAUUUAAGAUGGAGAAAAAGCCGCCUAAUUUAAGACUGAAAGAUGGUGAACUUAACCCUGAUAAAUCACAUGAAAGCGCAGUUGCUUCAACCAGUGAUGAGAAUGACAAAGAGUCUGAAGAACAUACAAGGGAAAAUGUUAGUUCAACGACUGAGGAAAGAGCAUCUGAAUGUAAGACUGAUAGCCAGGAUCGAAAUUCCCCAGAACCAUGCUGUCCUAUAUGCUUAGAACAGCUUAAAAAUAAAUCAUUUACUGACAGCUGCUUUCAUAUGUUUUGUUUUAAAUGUUUGGUUGAAUGGUCAAAAGUGAAAGCUGAGUGUCCACUUUGCAAACAAAGUUUUAAAAGUAUUGUGCAUAAUGUUUGCUCAGAUGUUGAAUAUGAUCAGUAUUAUAUUAGAAGUCCUGAUAGUUUAUGGCCUACUUUUCCUAGUUUUAGUGCCACUGGUAUAAACUCUAGUACUACAAUGAGUGCUCAAAGAUUUGAUGAAAGAAAUCGAAUAUCUUUAGACGAAAAUCUUGAUAGUGUAAUUGCAUCUCACAGAAUGACAUACGCACCUCAUUCUGUUAGACAUAAUUCUGCAUCUCAAACUGUAUCAACUUUGCUAACCAGUUUCAGGAGACAAAUUUAUGAGGAUGGCUUAUGGGUGAAACCAUAUAGUGGACAUCGAAUGCAACCUGCAACUCCAGAGUUCUAUAGUCGUAAUCCAUUUUGUACGCAAAGAUUGAUUCGAUGGCUUCUCCGAGAAUUAAGUGUUUUGCUGGAUGAUGAAAGCCAUGUGUCUUUUGUUUUGGAAGUAAUCAUGGCUUUGAUUACUCGUCAUGAUAUUAGAAGUCAAGAUUUCUUUCUCUUUGUUGUACCAUAUUUUAGCUCUCAUACAAGUCAUUUCAUUCAUGAAUUUCAUAGUUUCGCUAUUGCACCAUAUGAUAUGGAAGACUAUGACAGGCGUGCCUAUUAUAGUACUUUAGGUAGUGAAGCACCUUAUGAGUUUGCAUCAUCAUCAGAUAGUGAUGUCAUACCAGUUUCUAGUUUUAGUGGAUCCCAAGAUGCAUCAUCUGUAACUGCAGAAGAAUCCAAUCGUGAAAGCAAUUACCUAAGCAGAUUGUUUCUGAGCGAAAACACUGAAAAUGAUGCUCCACCACCGUUGUCACUGCUUCGUGACUAUAGCAGCUUGCCUGAUUUUUCAUUGUACUAUUCAGAUCCUGGACCAAGCACAUCUGGUUUUAAUUCAUCUUCAUUCAGGAUUCCGAAUAUCCCAGAAUCGGUAGAAAGUCCACCAUCUGAUGAUGGUGAGGUCCAAAUAUUAAAUGUGCUUAAACCUCUAAAAGAAAGACUACCUGAAAUUAUUGACUUGCUGUCAACUGAUGAUGAGUUAAAAAGUAUGGAUAUGACAUUUGAAAAUGAGAGUUCUGAUACUGAGAGGGACUCAGGUGUAAAGACUCCCUCAGAAGUUCAGAGUUCUAAAAAUGUUGAUGAGCCAUCUUCAAAUGAUUGUGCUAAUGUUCCUUGGAAUCAACCAUCAACAUCUAACUCAUAUAUAAUGGAAAGUGUCACACACAGAGUUGAAAGUGAUGUUCAUGCAUCCGGAAGUAAUAAUGAUGGGCCAAGCUCUUCUUGUGAAAAUAAGUCUGCUGCUAAUGUUCCACAUACCAAAAAUAAGAGACUUAAACUUUCACCGGGUAAUGGAGAUGAAAGUUCAACUGAAAGUUGCUCAGGUUUUGAGAAUUCUUCAGAAUUAACUCCAAAAGGUAAGACUCUGAAAUUGCGCAGUGUAGUUGCACAUUUUUCAUUCGAUCCCAAUGACAAAAGAAACAGUGCUGGUCAUCGUUCUUCACGCAAAAGGCAAAAAGGGAAAAGGAAGAGAGCAAAAAAAACCAUACAGAAACAUAAACGCCGUAUUUCUUCAGAUGAAAGUGAUUGAUUGUUAAACAUACUGCUAUAUUCCACCUAUUCUGUGGUCUAAUUAAAUAAUUUUGAAUUAAAAAAUUGUUGUUUUGUAUGUAGUGUUUGUGUAACUUUUUCAUAUUAAUUGUGUAUGUAUACAUUUUUCAAGCUAUUCAUCCUAAUCUUAUAAGAACUGUAUACCUUCCAUUUCUUAAUAUUGUAAGCAUAAAAAAAUAUUUACUA